AUGUCUACGGGAUGGAACAUAUGGAAUUCUAUUAGCUUCUACAAGGCGUACUUGCCACCCAGAGAGGCCAAAAAGACCAUGCAGUACGUCGUGUUGGCGCUGGAAGAAGAGGGUGGCCUGGGUCUCGCGGAAUCUUUGAACUCUUCGUUUGCUGUACCACAGACUGUGCGGUCAGGUACGCCACUGCGGGAGGAAUUUCCUCCAUCCCCUCACCGAUCUGGUGAGCUUCCGGCUACCCAACGAAACCUCGACGUACACCGUGUAUCAUCGACAGGAAAUAAUGUAGAAGGAAUUAUACAGAAACAGCUCCGUUUUUUUCUUUGCAAGAAGGAGGAUGUAGCACCGCCGCGGCUGAAGCAGAUGCUUGGAAAGGUGCAUUAUUGUUUUAUGCUGUGUGCGAGAAGCCUUAAUGGGAAAGCGUGCAAUUGCCACAAUGCCCAUCUUUUGAACAGCUCCGUGUGGCGGCUGGAGCUGAGCGUUUUUGACUUGAAAGAAUUUUAUGUAUCUAGCGGUUCUUAUGUGCAUUGUCUCAAGUCGGAGCAGAUAAUACCCACAGCUGGGUUUUUAUUUGUGGCUGGUCUUAUUCACGAGGGUGUUAUUGAAGCUGCACAGCCUGUUGUAUGCCGCCACAAUGAACGAUGCCGACACGGUUCACGGUGCCUUUUUAUUCAUGCUGAUAUUAAAAUGGAGGAGAGAACACCAAUGCUGGCAUCAUGGCCGUUAAAGAACCUCCUCAAGGCACAGCCUCGUUUGUUCCUUUUUUUGUCCCAAUUAGAUGAAUUGGGGCUGCGUACGGUAGGUGAUGUACAACAGUUGAGUAACAAUGCUUUUGACGCCAUUGUGGCUAGAAGUGACCCUUGUUGGCUCCUUCAGUGGUUGAACAUUGCCCUCGUUCGCGAUAUUCAGACACAGCACCAGCUGCGAGAGGUGCUUGCCACUUUUCCGGAUAUUCCCACACCAGUGUCAUUGCUACCCUGUUUGACGACUGUCUUGUCACUGAUCAGGCUUUCGUCCAAGGAGUUCUAUUCAUUAGUUUUACCCGUGAAGGUUCAGGCCGCAUGUGAGCAAAUCCGUGUUCGAUUUGAGCCCGGCCGGAACUGUAACAUUGUGGAUCUAAUAAAGGAGCCUGAAGGCUCCUUUAUUUCAAGCGUGUGCCCCAUCAUCAUGUCAUUUCGUCAAACACAUGCGCAUGCUAGUUGGCGAAAAAAGGACCCGAAUAGGCCUGUGGUGACGUCGUUAAUAACAUAUAUUGACCCUGAUGAGUGCCACUGCAAGGCUGACGCUGGUCAGCGUGCGAGAUACCCAGCCUUGAGUUCUGAAGGCCAAAAAUGGCAGAAGUAUCCAAGAAAUGCAUGGUGCACCUGCAACAGGUCCUAUGUGAUAGCAGUAAACUAUGAACUUAGUACACCCAGCGGAUCACGGUGUUCUGAGCAGAAUGCGUUGGGCAAACUUGCAUCAAUGGGACUUCCAACCAGCGCCAUACGAGAGAUUUUCGUCCACGGCGAAAACCGGAGAGCCGAAACGGAUCCCAAUCCGUUGUUUCCAUGUGGUGUCUGUGAGAAUAUGCUACGUAGGGUUACCCGUGAUGUGUACGACAUGUACGGAGGAGAUGUCGUUUUGUACAUGUUUGAUUCCACCGUAAACCCAAAAAAGCUUGUAUACCUUCCCAUAAAUGAAAUAUCGUAUCGUGAUGAGAGGACUUUUAGUAAGUUUAUUUCAGAUUUGAGGGAAGAAUGA